AUGCGGCCGUACAUGCGGUUGCCAGGGGGCGCAACGCAGCAGCAGCAGCAGCAGCAGCAGCAGCAGCAGCAGCAGCAGCAGCAGCAGCAGCAGCAGCAGCAGCAGCAGCAGCAGCAGCAGCAGCAGCAGCAGCAGCAGCAGCAGCAGCAGCAGCAGCAGCAGCAGCAGCAGCAGCAGCAGCAGCAGCAGCAGCAGCAGCAGCAGCAGCAGCAGCAGCAGCAGCAGCAGCAGCAGCAGCAGCAGCAGCAGCAGCAGCAGCAGCAGCAGCAGCAGCAGCAGCAGCAGCAGCAGCAGCAGCAGCAGCAGCAGCAGCAGCAGCAGCAGCAGCAGCAGCAGCAGCAGCAGCAGCAGCAGCAGCAGCAGCAGCAGCAGCAGCAGCAGCAAGCACGAGCAGCAGCAGAGCAGCAUGUUUCUCAUGGACUGCUGCUGCUGCUGCUGCUGCUGCUAGAGGCGCGGGUGUUUCGCCAAGAAAGCUUCGUUUUAAAAGAAUCAACGCAGUCACACGUGCGCCGCAGAGGUUGA